AUGGGGGAGCCCGGCAGAGCUGGGGGGUGCCUGGGUGUCCUGGAGCCCUCGGGGGUCUCGGAGCCUUUGGGGGUCUCGGAGCCCUCAGGGAUCCUGGAGCCCUCGGGGGUCCCACAGCCUUUGGGGGUCCUGGAGCCCUCAGGGGUCUCAGAACCUUUGGGGGUCCUGGAGCCCUCGGGGAUCCUGCAGCCCUCGGGGGUCUCGGAGCCUUUGGGGGUCCUGGAGCCCUCAGAGAUCCUGGAGCCCUCGGGGGUCUCAGAACCUUUGGGGGUCUCGGAGCCCUCAGGGAUCCUGGAGUCCUCAGGGGUCCCACAGCCUUUGGAGGUCCCGGAGCCCUCAGGGGUCCCGGAGCCCUCACAGGUCCCCGAUCCCCCGGGGGUCCUGCAGCCCUCGGAGGUCCCUGAUCCCCCGGGGGUCCUGCAGCCCUCGGAGGUCCCCGAUCCCCCGGGGGUCCUGCAGCCCACGCCACCCCCCGAGCUGCUGGAGGGGCUCCUGAGGCAGCGCUUCGGGCCCCUGCCCCGGCCGGCCGCCAUCGCCCGCCUGCGGCGCGGCCCCAGCGGGGCCUACGAGCCCACCGGGGACCCCAGCGAGGCGCUGGAGCGGCGGCAGGCGGCCAACGCCAAGGAGAGGGAGAGGAUCCGGAACCUCAACAGCGGCUUCUCUCAGCUGCGGAGCCUGGUGCCGCUGGUGCCGCGGGACCGCCGGCCCAGCAAGGCCGACACGCUGCGGGCAGCGGCCCAGUACAUCCGCCUGCUGCGGGGCGUGCUGCGGGACACGGGGGGACCCGGGGGGGUACCCCGAAAUGCGGGACACUGCCAGGUGGGUACCCCCAAAUGCGGGAUGCUGCCAGGUGGGUACCCCCAAAACCGGGACCCUGCCAGGCGGGUUGGAAUUAAUUUAAAAACAAACAAAAAUAUUAUUGAGGAUAAGCCCCAAAACUGACCAACAACCCCCCUAUAAUUUGGGGGCCUGGUGGGGAUUUUCCUGCUUGAGGUUUUUGAGGUUGGAAUUAAUUUAAUUAUUCAAUUGAUUAAUUAUGGGGGAUACUACUGGGGGGGGUGUUAUUACUGGGGGGCCACCCCCCAAUUCUAAUACAUUUUUUAAUUCCCCUUAUGCCAGGAACACAGCACUGAGCAGGAGUUGGGGGACGCUGGAGGGGUGUCCCUGGGGGGGCCACCUGAGAGCUGGCCUGGCAGAGCCCCCCCGUGCCCGUGGGGACCCCCCAAGCCCGGGGCGCUGCUGAAGAGUGAGGGCAUCGUGAGUGGGGGGCACCUGGAGAGGGUCAGAGCACCUUAGGGGGGUACCCGGGGGGAGAGAACACCUUGGGGGGCACCCUGGGAAUUUGGGGAACACCUGGAUGGAGGUGGAUCAGCUCGGGGGAGGCACCUGGGGGGGGGACAGAGCACCUUGAGGGACCCCCCCGGUGGUUUGGGGGCUCCUGGGUGGGGACAGAGCAGCCCUGGGGGGGUCACCCAGGGGGUCCGGGUUUGGGGGUGCAUCUGGGGAGUACCAACAUAAACAAGAGGGGCUCGAAAUCACCUUUUCCCCAAAAUAUUCCCAAGGUGAGAAAAACCUUUAUUUUUCUCCUUUUUUUAAGGUUUUUCCUGACAUCCCUAAAAAUCCGGGGGGCCCCGCCGGGGUCUCCCCAGAAAGCCAAGUUCAAGGCUCCAGUUCCCGUUUUUGGAGUCACGCUCCUGCCCUGGAGCACUGCACCCCCAAACUGGGGGAGCAGGGGGUCUGUCACCCCUGAAACGCAGAGGUCGGAGGGGGGACAGAGCUGUAAUUAAUUGCUUUAUUAAUUGUAAUUAGUAAUUAGCUGCUCCUCCCCCCCCAGGUACGUGCUUAUUAAGGAUCGUUAAUAUAAACCCGAUUAAUUGCACAAUAAAAAGGGACUGUCGGGGCGUCAGCGCUGGGUUUUGGGGGUCCCCCCUUGUUUGUUUGCAGGGCUGGAGU